AUGUCUGAGUCCAUCCUGGAGGCCCUGCAGCUCUCCACAGCCAUGAAGUGUGACCCCCGAGAAGGCUGCUCCCUGCACCUCCGCGUGCACGUCUCUCUCACGCUGCAUGAGGGCCUGUGGGGCCUGGAGGUCUGCACCAUGAGCCUGGACACCCAGGAGGUACGGUGUCAGGGGGUACGGGUGACCCGAACCUCCCGCCGACUUCACAUGGGGCAGCAGCUGCAGGUGAGCUUGGACUGCUUCGAGGUGAGCGUGGGCCAGCACCUCCAUGUCACUCUGAGGACCAUCCCCCACUUCUGUGGGCUCCAGUUGGAUCAGCAGUACCAAGUGGAAGCCGGGAAGCUCACCUACCAGGUGAACCGCAGCCGCAAGGCCAUUCUGGUGCAGGCACAGGGUGCCCUGGGCAGCCACGACUACUACGUACGACUCUGUCUCAGGCGGCUCUCCUGUGAGGAAGCUGGGCCCCUGGUUCAGGUGACUGCCAACGGCGUGUCUCAAACUGUCUCGCUGUCCUACAACAAAGAACUGCCCUGUCUGUGCCUGGAGGGCUGGCCUUCAACCCUGGACGCAGUGCGCAUCCAGACCUGCCCCUUUGAAGAUGACGUCGAGGUGCUGUGGGACGCCGUCCACUACCACCCGGGCAGCCAGGAGCUGAGUUGGGAGCCCCCCUGUCCGGUGAGCGGCCGCGUGAGCCUGUGCUGGCGCGCGGGGCCCCAGGACGCCUGUCGUGCGCUGGAGCGCUCCGGCCGCCCGAUGCGCCGCAAGGUGCGCUACCCGCUGGUGGACACGCAGCCCCAGCUCUGCCUGCAGUUCUCCACCCGCAGGGGCGUCUGGGUUCGGUGCCCCUUCGCGCAGCGCCGCUUCCCAGCCUGGAAGAUGACGGUGCAGCCGGCCCCCGCGCAGGGCCUCCUCCGCGCCUCCUUUUUCUCCCCGAGCCCUGCCAGCUUCCAGGUGCGCCUGUGUCGACGCCGCAAGGCCCUGCUUCGCGCCUGCCACCGGACGCUGGAGACCACGCCCCUCCCUGCAGCCUCACGGGACCCCUCCGCGGAGCCCGCCGCCUUCGUGGACAUUCCCCAGGCCGAGGCCUGCGCCCGCAGCAUCUGCAUCCAGUACCUGCAGCCCUUCCAGGAGGCCGCGGGGGACGUGGGGCUGGGUUCGGGGAGUGGUGGGGUGCUGACCUUCCGCCCGGCGCCUGCAGGGCUGGAGAACCGACCUGCACUUCUCUGUCCCCCAGCAGCUGUGCGACGUCCCGUGCGGUGA